UGAGUGUUCUCACCUGAUAGACUACCGAACUCUACGGCAGCACCCUCGUCGUCAUAGCCGAAAAUAUACUGACCCAGCACGGAGAAGCUCACCAACCCCGCGGGCAUGCUGACGAAAGCCUAACAACACUAAGGCAAAAACAAGACACCAUCGGGGCGAGCGAUGGUGCUUCGUGUUCCCAAGCAUGAUCAACGCUCGCCUGCAAAGAGUCCACAUUGCUCGCUAAGAAAAAGGACUGCCUCAGCGCUGGAAGUGCUCCACAUAUCGCACCGCAAUCGUCGCAUCUGCGGACCUGCCCUGCGAUGACCCUUCCCACACUGCACGGAGGUGUCGGUGCGUGACUGGCGUCCUCGCAGGGCCUCGACUCCGCAUGCAAGACAGAGAACGGCGCGUGCUGAUCUCAGUGUUUUAGAUGAGGAAUUUUUCCUGCGUCCCCCGUCUGCGCGUUACUUCGUUGGGGUCUUCCAGCGAAGCGGCGUCCCUUUGCUCGUGCCCAUGUGUACGAUAACACACCUCGGACCGAGCUCCACCUCGAACAAAUCUCAGCAGAGCCAUCAUGAUUGGAAAACAGCGAGGCAUGUCUGCGCCCGGACCCGUUUUCCGUUGCUCCUCCGAGACGCGCGAUCCAUCGUGUUGCAGGCGACAGGGCGUCCGAGUGUGCCAGGAGAGAGAACACCGAGCAGAAGGCCCCGCACGUCUGAUCGGCCUUUUUUUGCGCUUCGGGCCUGGGCUGGCUGAAGUCAAAGGUGGGAACCGAAGGGUCCACUCCAUCCGAGGAAGCAGGGGCCCCAGACGCGCCAAAGGCCCCACGAGGGCGGUGCAGGAUUACUGUACAAUGCGAGUUCGAGGAGCAUAUGUCAAUGUGGGGUGCCCUGCCAACCUGCUGCGACGCACGAGCAGGAUCUUACGCGGUGUAGCGGCAGCUCAGACAGUGCAUGACGCAUCUGCUUGUGAGAUCCGUGCUGGAUCGCGCCCCCGGGAUGGUGCUCGCUGAUGCCCGGUGGGUAGUGCGUGCGCCAGGCUGCUGCCGACUCCGCGGUGGGGGCGGGACGGCAUCUCAACUUAGGGGGCGGCACGCCCGGGAGAGGCCUGUCGCCCGUCGAUAGCUGUGGGAAGAGAUAUGCUUGCCUUGAAGCUCCUCAGGGGUUUUUUCGUCCGAGGUCGGAGGUCGCCUCAAGGACUCCUGGGGCCUCAUGCCAGAGCGUUCGAUGCACGGUCCGAAGGCAUCUACGACUCGGAGGAAGACGUUAUCUACGUGAGGUUUACGACGUCGAUUCCCACGUCUCUGCCAGUCGAGUGAGUUCGCAU